AUGCCCUUCUACAUCGCUGACGACACCUUCGCGGGGUCCUUGCUGGACAUGAGGCAACUGGUUUGGCCCUGGAGCGCGUUGCGCCCGGUGCCGGGCACCUUGGGCCGCGCCUCCUUUCACGUGCACCGCUGGAUGGCGCCCUUUCUGGCCUGGUACCCGUUGCUCUUCGCUUUCCGGCGCAACAUCUACGACCUGGCGGAUAAGCUCCUGGAGCCUACUAAAACAUCGCGCUCCAGCGCGCUGGUGGAGGCGGCUUGCAUGGAUCAGCUGCCCAGGGAGGUGAAGACCUUCCUGGUGGCGCUGCUCGGAUUGUACUUUCGCCUGGUCUUGAGCUUUUUCCGGGUGGGCUCCGGCUCUCUCUGCGCCGCUGGGGGCGGGGUGCACCUGCUACUGACGCCCAAUGCCUCUGUGAUCCUUGACACGGAUGGCGCUUGGGCGCCCAAGGUGCGUCCAGCGCCGGGGAACCAGGGCCUCAGCUGCCCGGGCCUCAAAGGCGCCGGCGUGGCGCCCUGGCGACGGAGGAGCCAUCCGUCUCCGGGCCAGAACUUGUUGCAGGUCAGUCGCGGGUCCUCCGCCUGGUACCGCCCCGUCUUCGACCUCAUCUGGCAUGCCGCGAUCGUCAAGAAAGAGUUCCCACCCGACGGGCUCUCGGAGCACGUGGCCUUGGCGUCGAAAAUUCAGCCGCGGCACUUUGCUGCGGAGGGGUGGUUGGAGGCCAAGCGCUGGGGACGCUUUGAAGAGGAGAUCCAAACAGCCUGGUGCAGCGAGCUUUCGGACAGCUCCUGGCCCUGGUCUGUGGCAUCCGGCUUCCAGCGGCACUGCGCUUUCCCCGCUUCGGCCUUCUGUUCAAGGUGGGUCUCCAGCCUGACCUACUCCCAACUGGUGGCCCUCACUUCUAACGAGUCCUCGCAGCAGCAUGUCUUCGAGCUGCUGGACUGGUGCGGCGUGAGCUCGUUGAACCGCGAUUUGCGCGCCCAGCAAAUCUGCAGCCCAGAGCCUGAGGAGGAGAAGCUCCGCUUGGUGUGCCGCAUCCGCCGCGCGGCGCGAGAGCUUCUGCCCAGCACGGCGGUGUCGCCCUUGCCCAGCGCCCGGGAGAGGUUGUGGCAAGAGCUGCCCAAGCAUCGGGCGCUGUGA